AUGAUUCACCUUUUGUGCACUACCGAGAGCGGUGAGAGCUGCACAAUUGAGAUUGAUCCGCGCUCGCUCGUGGAGGACAUGGCGGCGCUCAUUGAGGUGGAGUUGGGCAUACCAAUGCUGGAGCAGGUGCUCAUUGCGGACGACGACACAGUGCUUCAAGGCAAUAUGACCCUAGCGUCUCAGGGUAUCUGUGCGGACGCAAGCGUAAGAGUGAUACAUAGCGCCAGAACUCACGAUGAAGGACGCCCCCGCCAACGGGGUGAAGGUGAAGGAACUCCGGUAGAUGCACUGCCGUCGCCGGGGCCAGAAGCACACGCGGUCCGGCAGCAAGGCCCCGCGAGGGAAAGACAGCUGCACCAACACGGACUUGACUCUGGACAUGCACCUACUUCAGAAGAUUCACAACGAGGGCAUUCCGCUGCAUUGAAAGAUCAUCGUAGCUUUCCUCACUUACCAGGUGAGGCACGCGCGCGAAUCGAGCAGUUGUUUGCCCAGGGACCGGGGCAGUUGUCUGGGGGGGCGCCGUUGCGGGAGUCGGAUCCGGAGGUUCAGCGCCGCAUCUACGAGGCUAUUUACUGGGAAAACGUUAAUGAAAACCUUGAAAGUGCGUAUGAGUUCAUGCCAGAGUUUUUUGUGCAGGUGCCAAUGUUAUUUGUGAAUUGUGAGGUCAAUGCGGUGAAGGUCAAGGCCUUUAUUGACUCUGGGGCACAGCGGUCCAUCAUGAAUCGCCGCACGGCAGAGCACUGUGGACUGAUGCGACUGCUUGACACGCGUGCGGCAAGCAUCAUGCGAGGCAUAGGCGUGCGGCGGACACUUGGCGUCAUUCACAUGGUGAUUGUAAAUCUUGGUGGCCUUCACGUCCCCUUAUCUCUGACUGUCAUCGAUGACGAUAAGAUAGACUUUAUUAUUGGCCUGGACCAGAUGAAGCUGCACCGCAUGAUUAUCGACUUGCGGGACAACUGCCUGAGGGUUGCGGACACCCAAAUUCCGUUCCUACCAGACUCCGAGGUACCUGAUUUUGUCACUGGGAACGAGGUGGUGGACGAGGAUGCACAGGAAGAGGAGGCGAAGCAGCAGCAGCGCGGGACUUCAAAGCCUUUGGCAACGGCAUCGACGCUAGCCAAGGGGUUGAAGACAAAAGGCCAACCCGAUCGACAAGCAAACAUGGAAGGGAUGGGACGAGCUACAGUGACGUCCACCACCAACGCCAGUGGUGCAGGAAGUACACCUGCGCAAGGCCCCGCGGCUUUCGUAGAUAAGGAGCGGGCCAUUGCGGCGGUGAUGACGUAUACAAGGAUGGAUCGAGAGGGCGCUGUCACGUUGCUGGAGGCGGCUGGCUGGAACGUCGAUUUGGCCGUGUCACUCUUUAUUGGGGAGUAG